CUCCACCCGCACACCUCUUGCCAGGCCUUUAUUUGAGAGUCCUGAGGGUGGCAGCCCAUCCCUGUAAACUGAGCAACCUGUGGUAGGUGGAGGCAGCGGGAACAAAAGCUCAAGGCCUGCCUGGACCACAGAGCGAGCUCACAGUUAGUGGAGCCAUGCAGCGAGACCCUGUACAGACUGAAACAUGGAAGGAUUGGGAAUGUGGCCCUCAGGAAUUCUGCCCGACACGAGCGAGAACCCCGAGUUCAUUCCCCAGCACCAAGACCAAAUACACCCCCUAGAGUUGAGGCUUGAAUCUUCAGAAAAAGUUGUCUUGGAACAGUUUGGAUUUCCUCUGACCGGAACGGAGACUAGGCGCUACACUAACCAUGCCUUGUCUUAUGAUCAGGCAAAGCGGGUGCCCAGAUGGGUCCUUGAGCAUAUAUCCAAGGACAAGAUCGUAGGUGACGCGGACAGAAAACAUUGUAAAUUCAAGCCCGAUCCCAGUGUCCCUUCAGCCUUCAGUGCCCUCAAUGAGGACUAUGUUGGAAGUGGCUGGUCACGAGGACACAUGGCCCCAGCAGGAAAUAACAAGUUUUCCAGUAAGGCCAUGGCGGAGACCUUCUACCUUUCUAACAUUGUGCCUCAGGAUUUCGAUAACAAUUCUGGCUACUGGAAUAGGAUAGAAAUGUAUUGUCGUGAACUGACGGAGAGAUUUGAAGAUGUUUGGAUAGUAUCGGGACCUUUGACCUUACCUCAUACUAGUGAUGGGAAGAAAACAGUUAGUUACCAGGUGAUCGGUGAGGACAACGUGGCAGUUCCUUCACACCUUUACAAGGUGAUUCUGGCUCGCAGAAGCCCGGAAUCUACGGAACCGCUGGCACUGGGGGCCUUUGUGGUGCCAAAUACAGCUAUUGGGUUCCAGUCCCAGUUAACUGAGUUCCAGGUGAGCCUGCAGGACUUAGAGAAGAUGUCAGGUCUGGUGUUUUUCCCCCGUUUGGACAGAACCACCAACAUCCGGAACAUUUGCUCUGUGGACACCUGUAAGCUCUUGGGUUUCCAGGAGUUCACUCUGUACCUAAGUACAAGGAAGAUCGACGGGGCCCGUUCUGUGGCCAGACUGGAGAAGGUCCUGGAAACUCUGAAGAACUCGGGGGUCGAGCCUGACGAUUACUUUUUGAGUCGCUAUGAGAAGAAGCUAGAGGAACUGAAGGCUAAGGAACAGGUGGAUCCCCAACGGGAAAACCUGUCUUAGUGUCCGGGUGUAUGCUGAGCGCCUGUAAUGAGUGAACAGGCGUUCCCUCUCCAGGCAGUCAUAUUUUAGCAGACUUAUUUUAAAGAAAUGAUGGAAUCCUGAUUAAACAUCCCUCCAAAGACUUACGAGCUCAAAACUCAGGGUUUUCUUUCCCUAGGAUCUGAGUUGGUGGAGGUGGCUUUUAGAAUUCCUCUCCUAUCCUGUCCAAAUACACUGAUAAUGUACUUUUUGCUUCUCCUCCCACGAUCCUGAUGUCCUUCUGUCUGUCUGUUGAAACCUUUCCUAGUAUGCUCUGUAGGCAGUGCUUUGCUUGCGUUAUCUGACUGAGCCUCUGUGCAGAAUCCUCUGUUCCCAUUCUACAUGUGGGGAUGUUGAGGUGUAGAGAACUAUAUCUUCCCUGUUGGUAUUCGACAGAAGUGCUCUCCGAGCUAAGACAAGGUCGGAUGGAGUUUGACUCAAGUAUAUACCUAUGUGUAGGUGGAGGCUGCUUGUCUGUUUCCCAGCCACCCAGCCCCGAAAUCACGCAGAAACUGUAUUAAUUGCAAUACUUCUUGGCCAAUAGCAUAAGUGUAUUUCUAGCUAGCUCUUACAUCUUAAAUUAACCCAUUUCUAUUAUUUUAUAUUUUACCACGAGGCUGUGGUUUACCGGUACCGGUGUGCGGGUGUCUUUCUCCUCCCGUAGCUACAUGGCAUCUCUCUGAGCCUGCCUUCUUUCCUCCUCUGUCUGCUUGGAAUUCCCGCCUUGCCCUAUUCAGCACUGCAAUAGGCCCAAAGCAGCUUCUUUAUUAACCAGUGGUAUUCACAGCAUGUGGAAGGGAAUCCCACAUCACCUGUGUCCAUGGGAAAUUCCUGGGCCGAGGCUCUGCUUGCUGAGAAGGCUCUGUCUCUGCUGUCUCCUCAGGCAGGGACACUUUAAUACCUGAGCUGGGAAGAAGAGAGCAAAGAUGGAGAUGGUUUGUGGGUUUAACCAGAGCCUGCGAUUUCCUCCAGGGAUCCCAUGGGGCCAGAUAGGCUUGUUUCUUCCUUCACUUGGGGCGUUCCAGAGGAGCCCAAGAAAGGUGUGUGCUGAGUCACCAGGUGCCUAUGGUCUUGCUGUCUGCCAGGCCAGCACACCAUAGGAGGUAGAUCCUGGGCCACUCCUGUGGGAGGGGGCAGCUGUCGUGGGUUACAGUCUUGAGCUGUCCUCGGUGUAGAUAGUCCAGUGGCUUCCAGGGGAAGGACGUGUCUGGUUCUGUCACUCGGCUGCCGUGUUCCGAGCAGUGGAACCGGGGAGAUCUUUGAUGUGUUGUUUGCUUCUGAUAGAAAUGCUCCGGAUUUACAAUAAAGAUAAGACAUUGGUUGA